AAAGCAAGGCAAGGCACGGCAAGGCAAGGCAAGGCAGCGCGGUCCCCGCAGCCGCAGGGAUGGUGCCCGCGGGGACCGAGGCCACCCCGGCCCGCCGGUGAGGUGCCCGCCGCCCGCCCCGAGCCCCGAGCCCGGACCACGAUGAACAAACUGACCUUCCACAACAACAGAGUCAUGCAGGACCGCCGCAGCGUUUGCAUCUUCCUCCCCAACGACGACUCCCUCAACAUCAUCAUCAACGUGAAGAUUUUGUGCCACGAGUUACUGGUGCAGGUGUGUGACCUCCUGAGGCUGAAGGACUGUCACCUCUUCGGGCUCAGCGUCAUCCAGAACAAUGAGCACGUGUACAUGGACCUGGCCCAGAAACUCUACAAGUACUGCCCCAAGGAGUGGAAGAAGGAGGCCAGCAAGGUCAGCGGUGAGGUCUUGCAUGGAGAGCUGACGGCAGUAAGGCCACCUCUGUCCCCAUCGCAGGGGAUCGACCAGUUUGGCCCCCCAAUGAUCAUCCAUUUCCGAGUGCAGUACUACGUGGAAAACGGCAGGCUGAUCAGCGACCGGACGGCACGCUACUACUACUACUGGCACCUGCGGAAGCAAGUGCUGCACUCGCAGUGCGUGCUGCGCGAGGAGGCUUAUUUCCUCCUCACCGCCUUCGCCCUCCAAGCCGACCUGGGCGACUUUAAGCGCAACAAGCACUACGGGAAGUACUUCGAGCCCGAAGCCUAUUUCCCCGCCUGGGUGGUUGCAAAGAGGGGCAAGGACUACAUCCUGAAGCACGUUCCAAACAUGCACAAGGAUCAGUUCGCCCUGACGGCCUCCGAAGCCCAUCUCAAGUACAUCAAGGAGGCCGUCCGGCUGGAUGACGUAGCUGUGCACUACUACAGGUUGUACAAGGACAAAAGGGAGGUAGAGGCCUCCCUGACGCUGGGGCUGACGACGCGGGGCAUCCAGAUCUUCCAGAACUUGGACGAAGAAAAGCAGCUCCUCUACGACUUCCCCUGGACGAACGUGGGGAAACUGGUGUUCGUGGGUAAGAAGUUUGAAAUCCUGCCGGACGGGCUGCCCUCGGCCAGGAAACUCAUUUACUACACGGGCUGCCCGCUGCGCUCCCGUCACCUCCUGCAACUGCUCAGCAGCAGCCACCGGCUCUACAUGAACCUGCAGCCCGUCCUGCGCCAGGUCCGCAAGCUGGAGGAGAACGAGGAGAAGAAGCAGUACCGCGAGUCCUACAUCAGCGACACCCUCGACCUGGACAUGGAGCAGCUGGAGAAGCGCUCGCGGGCCAGCGGCAGCAGCGCCGGCAGCAUCCGGCACAAGCGCCUCUCCCGGCACUCCACCGCCAGCCACAGCAGCUCCCAUACCUCCGGCAUCGAGACCGACCCCAAACCCAGGGAGAUGGGACCCGAGGACGGCUUCUCGGGCGCCGGCGCCCACCGCAAGCUGAAGACCUGCAGCUCCAUGACCAGCCAUGGCAGCUCCCACACCUCCGGAGUGGAGAGCGGUGGGAAGGACCGGCUGGAGGAGGAUUCCCAGGAUGAUGAAAUCGAGAUGCUGGUGGAUGACCCCCGGGAGCUGGAGCAGGCUGGCGAGAUGGAGGUGAGCCCCGACAUGUGCGUCUACAUCACGGAGGACAUGCUGCUGUCGCGCAAGUUCAACGGGCACUCGGGGCUUAUCGUGAAAGAGAUCAGCUCCUCCACCUCCAGCUCCUCGGAGACGGUGGUGAAGCUGCGAGGGCAGAGCACCGACUCCUUACCCCAGACGACAUGCAGGAAACCGAAGACGUCGACGGACCGGCACAGCCUGAGCCUGGAUGACAUUCGGCUCUACCAGAAGGACUUCUUACAGCUGGCCAACCUGUGCCAGGAUACGGCCCAGAGCUACACCUUCGGCUGUGCCCAUGGGCUGGAGGAGGAAGGGCUCUACUGCAACGGCUGCUUGGCCCAGCAGUGCAUCAACAUCCAGGAGACCUUCCCCGUCAAAAGAACCAGCAAAUACUUCUCCUUGGAUCUCACCCACGACGAAGUCCCCGAGUUUGUCGUCUGAGCGCUGGCGGGGGGUGGCAGGACCGGCUGCCCGCCCUCGGGGGGGAAGGCUGGGGCUCCCUGCCCCGCAUCGGGGGCCGUCGAUGCCGCCUUCCCCCCCAGCCCCGCAGCGCUUCCCUGGCAAACCGAGGCCGUGGAAACCAUUGCACUCGGAGGAUCGCCCCGACGGCGGGCGGGAUGGAGACCCCCGGGCAUGGCGGAGUCCUGCCGGCGGUCCUCCAAGCAUCCUUUCUCCUCCGGACGAGUUAGUGCCAAACCCAAGUUGUCUUAUUUCAACUGCGAGAAGCACAACUCGUCUGAGCUAGCAGAAGCCAACUCGUGUUUUCUCAUUGCCUCGUGGCGAGGUGACCUCUUCUCCUCCUUGCCCCCAUCCUCAGCGCUGCCGGCGGCUCCGGCGGUGGCUCGGUGGCAAGCGACGCCGGAGAGAAAAGCGCCAGACUGUUGUGUUCAAGUCAAGCCAAAGAAAUGUAAAUACCCUAAAGGCCAGUAUGGGAAGGGAGAAUUAAGCAAUAACCAGCCGGGGAUCUCCAGGCACAGGUGAUGCACCGUGGAGGAAGGCCGGCGGCUGCUGGGGCAGAGCAUCAACCCAGUUCUUCCAAAAAAACCACGUGCUGGAGGUCAGGCCAGAGCGGUCCCAGCGAGGUGGAUGGCAGCUGGGAGCUCUCAGAGCCAUUUGCAGCUUGUUUUUUUUUUUUUUUUUUCUUUUUUUAAGAGAAAAAAAACCCCAAACCAAAAAAAAAAAAACCCCACCCAAGAAAAACAAAAGCAGAGGAGAAUGGAAAGGAAUAGGUCAUUUGUAAGGAUAUUGCAAUAAUGCAUCCCGAACUUUGAAUAUAUAGAGAUUACAUAUAUAAAUAUAUCGAGGUAUGUAUGUUUAUAUAUGUCUGGAUCUUAUAGACCCAUUUGUGUUUUACUUCUGCUCUAAAAUACCUUUUAUACAAAGGAUCUGCCUCUCUUCUUUAAUGAACCAUAUAAACAAUCAUAAUUUUUUCUAAGCAGUAAGGUGAGAAAACAGACUUUCCUCUCAAGAAGAAUAUGUAUGCAACUGCAUUGUAAGUGUGGCUCUUCCCGGUGCAGUCUCCGUUGUAUUUUACCAAGGCUUUUCAUGCGUCUUUAAGUCUCUUACAGUUUGAAUAGUUCUGCUAAAGGAUGAUGGUGAUGUGCUAGAAAAACCCAAGUGCGGCUUCUGAGUGUGUCCUAGGGAAGCCAGCCUGCCCAGGUGUAACAUUUACCAUCGGUACCAGAGGGUAAAGCAUUACAGCAGCUAAUAUUCACAGCACAAUGCCUUUUUAGUCGGUAUUUUUAAUUAGAGUUUAGCUAUUGACAGCCAAAGUUUUGCCAUAUUUUGAUAUACCACCUUUUUUUAACUGGAAACUUUUCUUAAAAAAAAAAAAAUUAUUUUAUAAAUAAGCACAAUCUUAUUUUUAUAAGAAAUGUUGGGGAAGGGAGCCGAGAAGAGGGAACUGGUACCAAAAGAAAAGGAGCAUAGCUAUUGGCACAGUGCAAAAAAGCCUCAGUCUUAUUGCGAUAUGGGAGCUGGUAGGGGAGAGCAUCGGGCACUGCCGUGGCUCUGCGCUGCGGGACCGUGGCACCGGCACAGCGUGUCCCCACCCCAGAGCGUGGUCUCACCCGGCACGAGGGCCCGGCGACGCUGGAUAUUAUGGGAAAAUAACGUAGGUAGCCAAACGCUGGCAGGGUGAGCAGGAGGCUGGUGGUCCCUAAAGCCUCUCUUUAUCUCCCCUAAAGCCACCCAGUGCAGCCGGGGGGAUGCUGCCCGGCGGCUCAGGGCUAUGUGCCCCGCUUUGGUUUCAGGGGGACCCCAGCAAACACCCCAAAAGCCUCUUUUGUGGGCACCGCAUCCCGGGCUGGGAUGCCGGGGUUUGCUAGCAGCAGCCCCACUGCAGACCCCCAUCCACGGGGUUUGCUGUGUGCCGGGGGAUUGGUGCGUGCACCAGCAACGUGGGUCUGCCGUGCUGGAACCCCACGGGCUGGUACAGGCAGGAAAAUCCCCUAAAUUCAUCCCAAGUCUCUUUUUUCCCCCCUCUGCCAGCCUCUGCGAGGCAGCGGGGCUGCAGCACCCAGAUGGGGGGGGUCCUGCUGGCACCCCAUCCGCCGGCGAGCCCCGGGGUUCCUCCGUGGGAC